UGAAUUCCCCAUGGGGAUUUUCAAGCUGCCAAGCUUAGAACUCCUUGAUCUGAUGUCUAAUAGAUAUCUGACUGGCCAUUUUCCUGAAUUUCACAAUGCUAGUCACCUCAAAUAUUUGGAUCUCUAUUGGACAAGUUUCUCUGGUCAGCUGCCAGCUUCCAUUGGAUUCCUUAGUUCCUUGAAGGAAUUGGAUAUCUGCUCAUGCAAUUUCAGUGGGAUGGUUCCAACUGCACUCGGCAACCUUACCCAGCUUGUCCACCUGGACCUUUCAAAUAACUCAUUUAAGGGUCAGCUCACCUCUUCAUUGGCCAACCUUAUCCAUCUCAAUUUCUUGGAUAUUUCUAGGAAUGAUUUCAGUGUUGGGACCUUGUCUUGGAUUGUCAAGCUGACCAAACUCACUGAUUUGGACCUUGAAAAGACCAAUUUAAAUGGUGAGAUCUUGCCUUCUCUUUCAAACCUAACUGGACUGACUUAUUUAAACCUGGAGUAUAAUCAACUUACUGGUAGAAUUCCACCAUGCCUAGGGAACCUGACCCUGUUAAAAAACUUAGGUCUUGGGUACAAUAAUUUGGAGGGUCCAAUACCAAGCUCAAUAUUUGAACUGAUGAACCUUGAUACUCUCUUUCUACGUGCAAACAAGUUGAGUGGCACAGUGGAGCUGAACAUGCUUGUUAAGCUCAAAAAUCUCUACAGACUCGGCUUGUCUCAUAACGAUCUAUCAUUGCUCACUAACAACAGUCUCAAUGGUUCUCUUCCAAGGCUUAGGCUUUUAGGAUUAGCUUCAUGCAACUUGAGCGAGUUCCCACAUUUCCUAAGGAACCAAGAUGAAUUGAAGUUUUUAACACUUUCUGACAACAAAAUUCAUGGCCAAAUACCAAAGUGGAUGUGGAACAUGGGUAAAGAGACUCUUUGGGUCAUGGACCUAUCUAACAACUUAUUAACCCGCUUCGAGCAGGCCCCAGUUGUCCUUCCAUGGAUUACUCUACGAGUUCUAGAGCUUAGUUAUAAUCAGCUGCAAGGGUCCCUUCCAGUUCCACCAUCUUCCAUCUCUGAUUAUUUUGUCCAUAACAACAGACUAAAUGGAAAAAUUCCGUCGUUGAUCUGCAGCUUGCAUCAUCUUCACAUUCUUGAUUUGUCGAAUAACAACUUAAGUGGCAUGAUUCCUCAAUGUUUGAGCGACUCCACCGAUUCUCUAUCAGUGUUGAAUCUACGAGGCAACAACUUUCAUGGGAGCAUUCCUCAAACAUUCACCAGCCAAUGCAGAUUAAAGGUGAUUGAUUUUAGUUUCAAUCAGUUAGAGGGGCAGAUACCAAGAUCAUUGGGCAAUUGUAAAGAGCUUGAGAUUCUGAAUCUUGGAAACAAUCAGAUCAAUGAUACGUUCCCCUUUUGGUUGGGAUCUCUUCCAGAGUUGCAACUUCUCAUUUUGCGGCAUAACAGAUUUCAUGGCGCAAUCGAGAGUCCUAGAGCCAACUUUGAGUUCCCCACGCUGUGUAUCAUUGACCUCUCGUACAAUAAUUUUGCAGGAAAUUUGCCAGCAGGCUACUUUCUCACAUGGGUGGCCAUGAGCAGGGUCGAUGAAGAGCAUUUUGCAUAUAUGCAGUCAAUGACGGGAUUUGUCCUGAUCGAAUAUCGGCUAUAUGAAAACUACUAUUACUCAAUGACAAUGACGAACAAAGGCAUGGAAAGGGUGUACCCGAAGAUCCCUCGCAGUUUUAAAGCAAUUGAUCUCUCAAGCAACAAAUUUAUAGGAGAGAUCCCAAAAUCCAUUGGGAAACUCGGGGGACUUCAUUUGCUCAACAUUUCCUCCAACAGUCUUACUGGUCACAUCCCAUCUUUUCUUGGGAACUUAGCACAGCUUGAGGCACUGGACCUAUCUCAAAACAAUCUCUCAGGAGAGAUCCCUCAGCAGCUAAAGGGAAUGACAUUCCUUGAGUUCUUCAAUGUUUCUCACAAUCAUCUCAUGGGACCUAUACCGCAAGGGAAGCAAUUUAAUACAUUUCAGAACGACUCAUACGAGGGAAAUCCAGGAUUGUGCGGAAAUCCUUUGGCAAAGGAGUGUGGAAACUCUAAGUCAACAGCACCACCACCACUAACCGACAAACAUGGAGGGGACUUGGAGAGUGGCCGCAAAGUUGAGUUGAUGAUAGUAUUGAUGGGAUAUGGAAGUGGUCUGGUAGUUGGAAUGGCAAUUGGUUACACCUUAACCACAAGGAAACAUGAAUGGUUUGUCAAGACUUUCGGUAACAGGCAGAGAAAGUGUUGAAGGAAUGUUGCAGUAUCAGUAGAUGGAUUGAUGUAGAUCUUUGUGAUUUCCAUGUAAGAAGUAAAUAAAAGUUGCUCCUCUUUCUUAUGUAAUAUUUUUCCAUUUUACUUCUUCUGUUUUCUUUAAUUUGAGUUUUUUGUUGUAUGCAAUAGUUGGAAUGAAUACCUAUUGAUUGAGUA